AUGAAUCGCUGGCUCAAGUGUCUCAUGCUAAUUGGCUCGCUGGCGACUUCUGUUUCAUCUUUCGACGGAUACUACACAAUUAUUGCGCCUAAGCACAUUCAUCCACACUCAGUGUACAAUGUCUCCAUUGCCACCCACGCCACGGAGGAGGCGAACAACUUCAUCGUGGAUCUGCAGGGAUAUCCAUUUGGGAAGAUGCAGAACUUCACAGCUUCCCGCCAAGUCGCCGUGGCGGCAAAUUCAACCAAAACCGUCACCUUUCGUCUCGGCGCCCUUCCCGCGGGCAAAUACAAGCUAGUCGUGGACGGUUCGGACUUCAGGAACAGCACGAAGCUCCAGUACCUUCCCAAGUCGCUGCUCUGCUUCAUCCAGACGGACAAGAGGAUCUACAAGCCGGGAACAAUUGUGAGAUUCAGAGUUCUUCUCCUCAAGGCCGAUCUCAGGCCAUCUAAGACCUUGAAGAAGGUCAAUGUGGCGAUCUUCGACAGCAACAACCUGAAGAUCAUGGAAUGGAACGAGGCGGACUUGAAGCACGGCGUCUUCUCGGCAGAAUUGCGCCUCUCGCAGGAUAUCUCCCUAGGAUGGUGGACGAUUGAGGCGAAGGCUGCCAAGAUGAAGUCCGAAGAGGUCUUCACGCAGCGCUUUGAAGUGGCUGAGUACAUUCUGCCCAAGUUCAAAGUCGAAAUACAAUCCGAGAAGUUCAGUACAUUCACCAAAGGAAGCUUUAAGUUUUCAGUGAAGUCCGAGUACAACUAUGGAAAACCGAUGAAGGGAAACUUCACAGCAACAGUUUCGCUGAAGCCUUACAUUGGAUUUCCCAAGAUUCCCAUUGCGACUAAGACUGGGGAAAUCAACGGAGUGACGGAGAUUGAGUUUAGCUUUGAGGACGAUUUGCAUCUGAAGCAGAAAUUCGACAGGAUCUUUACUGUGGAUGUCACAGUGCAAGAUAACUUGACGGGAUUGUGCCAGAAUACCAGCGAAGAAUUGGGUGUGUUUCUGGCCAAACACGCAAUAAGUUUCCUCACUCCUCCAGAUUACUUCAAACCCGGCCUGAAUUACAAUGUCAUCGUCUCGGUGAAGCACCACGACGGAUCUCCCUUCCUUGGCAAGGAGGAGAACAACGUGACUCUCCUCUAUGGAUACGAUUACGAGACGGCUGAGGAGAAUUCUGUGAAUCUAACUUUAACCAGCGAAGGACUGGCUUACGGAGGAUUCUUCGUGCCUCGAAAUGUUAAGAAGCUCUACGUGAAGGCGCUCUUUGAGGAUGCUCAUGUGAUUCUUCCGCAUAUUUUACGUGCAAGAUCCAAGAAGAAGCGCUUCAUCUUGGCCAAUCUUAUCACCAAAACUCCCACCGUGAAUUCCACUUGCAUCGUUGAAGUGACAACGACUCAUCGGCUCAACUACCUGACUUACCACAUCGUGGCCAGAGACAAUCUCGUCUACACGGCUUUUGUGAACUUCACCACCGACGGAGUCAUGAGAAUCUCCUUCCCAGUGACUCCGGAAAUGGUGCCAUCGGCUACUUUCCUCGUCUACUACGUCGCCAGCACGGGAUACUUAAUCUACGAUCGGCUGGUGAUCAACUUCCACCUCAAAAACACCUUCAAUCUCAAAGUCUCGCACGCCACGGCGACGCCUGGUCAAGAAGUGAUCAUCUCUAUAGACUCCGAGAGUCCGGGCUUCGUUAAUCUCGUGGCAGUGGACAAGAGUGUGCUGGAGAUGCAACACGAGAAGCACAUGCUGACGGAAAAAAGAGUGGCAGAAACUCUGCAGGACUUUGUCAAAUACUCUCCUCUGCAGAUCGUGAGGAGUCUCAGGCGAGUGCCCAGGAAGAAAUUCUUCAAGGAGUUUGACGACGCUGGAGUGAUUCUCAUGUCGAAUGUGAAGAAAGGCGGCAAGAAGCCUGGUUUCAGCCAAUUGCUGACCUUUGAUGAGGAAGAGGAACUUCCUGAUGAGGCAGAUGAAGAUUAUGGGGAGUUUGAGGGCGUGAUAUCGCAGAAGGACGUGACCAGUGGCGAGCCUGGAGAGAUAAACGCCAGAAGAUACUUCCCAGAGACCUGGCUUUGGUGGGAUGUGGUGACGCAAAGCAAGGGAAAGUUGCUGAUCAAAGUGAAGGUUCCGGACAAGAUCACUGGAUGGGUUCUGAGUGGAUUUUCCGUGGAUGAGAACACAGGUUUGAGUCUCAUAAAGCAGCCAGUGAGCGUGAGUGUCUUUCAGGCAUUCUUCAUCUCCACCAGUCUUCCGUAUUCCGUCAAGAGGGGCGAAAUAGUCACGAUUCCGGUGGUUGUUUUCAACUACUUGAACGAAACAAGGCCUGUUGAAGUGAUCUUCCGGAAUAUUCAAAGGGAUUUCUGCUUUGAAGAUCUCUCCAUUUGCAACGCCUCCCAAAGGAUCGAAAUUAUGGCCACAAACCAGACGGGAACCUCCCUGGAAUUCCACCUCAUUCCACAGCGCCUGGGCAGAGUUAAGUUCGAAGUUGUGGCGCGGAGUGGAGAUCUCAUGGAUAAGAUUGUCAGAGAAUUGCUCGUGGUGGCUGAAGGAGAGGUUCAGUACGAUAAUCAGGCUUUUCUGGUGGAUCUUCACACCUUGUCUUCUGCUGCGGAAUCCUUCACGCCACAUCUGCCGGACAACUUUGUUCCAGACUCUCUGGAGAUGAAGAUCAACAUCAUGAAGAACAUUCUGGCCAGUUCCAUGGAGAAUCUCGACGAACUCGUGCCUCAUCUUCCCACUGGAUGUGGAGAGCAGAAUUUAAUCACCUUCGCGCCAAAUGUCGCUGUUCUGGACUACAUGACUCGGACAAGGAGGCACAACGAGGAUCUCCGGAUCCGAGCACUGAGAUUCAUGCGUCAAGCUUAUCAGAGACAACUCAAGUUCCGCCACCGCGAUGGUUCUUUCAGCGCCUUCGGAGAUGCUGACGAGACGGGAAGCAUCUGGCUCACGGCCUACGCGGCGAGAACAUUCCUCUGGGCGUCCAGGUACAUCACAGUGGACAGGAGAGUGACGGACAAGGCCCUGAAGUGGCUGAGCCAGCAGCAACUGGAGGACGGGAGUUUCAUCGAGUACGGAAUCUCUAUCAGGAUUUUCGAUAGGGAAAUGUUCACUGCCGACACCAAUCGAGUGGGAAUGACAGCCUUCUCGAUCCUGCCCUUCCUGGAGACAGGAAUUGGAUGGACAAAGUACGCUGCUACGCUUGAGAAGGCUUAUGAUUACAUAGAAAAGGAAUUUCCCAAUGUGGAAGACGUCUAUUCACUGUCCUUGGCGGCUUAUGCUGCCCAGUUCUUCGAGGGAAAUCUUCGUGAACGCGCAGUGGAAGUCCUCAAUGAGAGAGCUCAGCGUGAUCGCGGGAAAAUCUGGUGGGAGAGUAAGAGUGACGGAAUGAAUUUGUCCAUCGAGAGCACCUCGUACGCUCUCCUGGCCAAUCUCGCGGCUGAGCAUCUGGAGGAAUGCGUGGGAGCGACCAAAUGGCUCAUCUCCCAGCGAAACUCCCGCGGAGGAUUCACCUCCACUCACGACACGGUUCUGGGCCUCUUUGCACUGGCCAAAGUGGCAGAACGACUGGAGUUCAGCAGCAAUAGCAUGAAUUUCACAAUCAACCAAUUGAACAUCAAGAAUUUCAGCGACAUGAAGUCCAUCAAAGUCAAUCCUGGACUGAGGAAUGUCACAAUCACGGCCUCGGGAAGAGGAUAUGCGAUCAUUGAAUUUACCACGAAAUUCAAUGUGGGAAGUGCGAAGAAAUUCUCCCAGAUCGAGUAUUUCGCAUUGGAGUCGAAGGUGAAAUUCCUGGGAUCUCAUGACAACUUCUUGAAUCUCACUUUCUGCACCCAUUUCAACCCUCAAUCGAGAUUCAUGCGCCAGAGCAACAUGACAGUGAUGGAGAUUGUGCUGCCCAGCGGUCACAGAAUCGACAGGGAUCAGACAAAUCUGCUCAACGGACUGCAGACGUUCAAGAAAGUGGAGUUCAGGAACGGCGACACGAAGGCGAUCAUCUACUUCUGCGAGAUCACCGAGCAAGAUGUCUGUCCAACGCUGAUGGCUUACAAGACACACAGAGUGAAGAGAGCUUAUCGCGGGAAAAUCUCCAUCUACGAUUACUACAACCCAAGUGAGUGUUUUUCACUUGUUUAUUGCUUCCCUAGAAACAUUUUUAAUUUCCAUCUCUCUUCCAGGCAUUAUCAACAGGGAGUUCUUCUGAUUUUGUCGCCUUCAUCCGUUAAGACUUAA